AUGGGUCUUAACCAUGCUUCAUUAGUGUCUUUCAUGAUCAUGACCUUGGGGGUUGUCUCAUUCGCUCGUUCUACUCCAACAUUUAAGACACUUUCGUACUCUCCAAUUAAUUAUACUCCCUCGUAUUUGCCAUUUUCAGUUUUUUCACCAGUUUAUAAUAAGCUUUUUGAACCAUCACCAACAUAUGAGUCUUCUAAAUACGAGUCUCCAUCAUAUACACUAUCUCCAAUGCAUUCUCCAGCAUCAGUCUAUGAGUCUCCUAAACCCUCACCAAUGUAUGUUUCUCCAAUAUACGAGUCUCCAUCAUAUACACCAUCUCCAAUGUAUUCUCCAUUACCAGUAAAUGAAUCACCUAAAUCUUCACCAAUGUAUAAAUCUCCUAAAUACGAGUCACCAUUAUAUACAUUAUCUCCGGUGUAUUCUCUAUCACCAUUUUAUAAUUCUCGAACACCUUCACCAAUGUAUAAUUCUCCUAGAUACGAAUCUCUAUCAUAUACUUUGCCGCCAAUUUACACGACCCCAAUCUAUAGCCUAUCACCAUCAUACUCUCCAUCGUCUCCUGAAUAUAGUCCACAACAAGUGUAUGAUUCACCGGUUUACGCUCCAACACUCAAACCUACACCAAAAGAUGAGCAUCCAAUUUAUACUCCACCACCGAUGUAUGUUCAGUCUCCUGAAUACAAUUCAUCACCAAUAUACAACUCUCUAACUUACACACCAUCAUCAAAAGACACCCUAUCUUCAACAUACAAGUCUCCUACGUACCCUCCACCAACUUAA